CCUCCUCCUCCUCCUCCUCCCCCACGUCGACCCCGGGCAAGCCGCCUAGAUCGCCGGCUUCCACCGGGGGGGAGUCGGCGCCAGCCGCCACGACAGCUGUGCCACCUGCACCCGUUGCAGCAUCCGCGCCGGUGACUCCAGCGGCUCCCGCGGCUUCUGUCCCCGGGGCACCGCCCGGGGGUCCGGCAGCCCCGGCAGUCCCGGCCGCACCUGCGCCUUCACAUGUGCCAGGCGCCCAAACCACCCAAGCCCCGGUUGCAGCUGCACCCAAAGCACCAGGGGCUCGUGCUGAGGAUGUCGCGAAGGGCGCCCCUUCGGCUUUGGCAAAGGCGCCGGCUCCGGGCCCGGGUUCGGCACCGACGCCGGGCGAAGCGCCAAAGGCCGCCCCCACGCCGGAGGUCCCCUCGCCUGCGGGCCCCGAGGGGGGGUCCCCCGGCCGUGUGGCUGACCCGAAGCAAAGCACCCUCGGCAUCUCGGGCUCGGGCAGCCAGCCGCAGGUUUCUCUGCCGCCUUCGCUCGGGGAGAUGGCGGCCGUGUCGAUCGAGCGUGCCAGCAAGAAGCAACCCUCGAUAGCGGCCGGUGCGCCAGCCGGCCCGGCCCCCAAGCCGGCUGAUGCCCCAUCGACGGCCAGCGCGCCCCCGACACAGCCAAGCCCCACGGUGGUGGCCCAGUCACUGCCGCAGCACAUGCGCCCUCCCCUGUUGGGCUACAUGCCCCCUCCGGGGGCUCCGCGCAUGCCGAUGGCCGCGGCGACCUUCACCCCGGGCCAUGGGCAUCCCUCGGGCCCGGGCGGCGGGCCGCCGGCCGGCGCCAUGCACCCCGGCAUCGGGACCUAUCAGCCGCCCUUCGGCCUGCCUCCCUAUUCAUACACGGCCACCGGGACAUUUGGCGGGCCGGCGGCGGCGGCGGCGGCCAUGCACGACCCGGGGCCGCGCGAUCCGGCCGCGCCCCAUCAUCAGCACCACCAGCAGCACCAGCCUCCGGUGGGUGCCGGCGACGCGGGGUUCCCCCCGGCGUCGGCCAUCGCCGACCCGGUGUCGCAUCACCUCUUCCGCGAGUCGCUCAUGGCGGCCCCCUUUUCCCUGGACACUGUGAAGAUUGUCCAAUCGCUGGAGGAUGCCGGUCUGACCAAAGCCCAGGCCGAGUCGGUCAUGCGUCUGCUGCAGGACACCAUGAUGGAGAGCAUCCGGUCGCUCGAGUCGCGCCUGGUGUCGCGCGUGCAGCACAUCCAGCACGCGCAGGCCGCGCGGGCCGAGCUGUCAGACAUGCAUGCGGACCUGCUGAACGUCGCGUCGACCACCGAUGCCGAGGUCCGGUCCGAGGUGGAGAAGCUGCAGAAUGAGAUCGACCGGUCGCGGGGGUUCAUCCGCGACGAGCUGGGGCGCCUGCACAAUGUGGUCAGCCUCAGCCUGACCACUGACCAUGACCGCUUUGCCAAUGAGCUGAAUGUCAACAGCCGCCGGGUCAAGGAGCUGGACAACCGCAUCGACGUGGAGCUGGCCAACCUCCACCGGCAGAUGGAGAGUACCAAGUUCGAUCUGAUCAAGAUCAUCUUCGGUUCGCUGUUCAGUCUCAUCAUGCUGGCUUUCGGCUACUGGCGCAUGGCGGUCCUGAUGAAGGGCGGCAAGAAGUCCGGUGGUGGGGGCACCACGCAGAUCGUGAUGCCGCCGCCGUCGACCCCGCCGCCGGCUGCGGGCUCGUCCGCGGCGACGGCCCUCCUCCCGGGCGGCCCGGACAGCGGCGUCGCCCUUGCCUGAGUGUGUGGCCCCUGGCCGAAUACAAAUUGCCCCUGUACCUA